GCCAGGUGAAAUACUUACAGCUCCUCUGACUGAUUCUCAGUUUUACUGUAUCCAUCCAGAAGAGCAAAAGCCCUGCGAGGUUUCUCUUCCUGAAGAAAUUUGUUGUAUUCUUCGUUUUAUUCGAAUUUUUAAGGAUCCAGCUAUGUUUCAGUCAAUUAAGGAUCGAAAGAAGGACCAAAAUGAUCAACCUAAACCGAAGGUUUUGCAGGAUCGAGAGAACGACCAAAAAGAUAAACCGAAGGUUUUCAAGCCACCGAAACUGAAGGAAUCCUCCACAAACUGGGGACUAAAGGGAUUCAUCUGCUCUUACUUUGUGGGAGUUGGAUCUAUAAUUCUGGGAGUUUAUGUGAGCUUCCUUCCUCACUUUGGAACUGAUCUCUUCAUUGGUCUCUAUGCUUUUGGAAACAUUUUUGCUCUUUCCAGCACAUUGUUUCUCGUGGGGCCAGUGAAGCAGCUGAAGAGGAUGUGCGACAUGUCCAGAGUACUGGCCACCCUCACCAUGCUUGCCUGCGUAAUUUUGACUCCUUACGCAGCUCUAUGGUGGAACAGUUUCGGAUUUACUGUGCUGUUUUGCGCUUUGCACAUACUGUCAUUUUCCUGGUACAGUCUGUCAUUCACACCGUGCGUCAGGUUGGAAGAUACUGAAGAUGUUCUCUCUUAUCAAGCUAUGAAGAUCCAUGUGUUUUGGGGGGAAAGUUUGAGAUUCGCUGGGACGGGCUUAAUAGAAAAUUCAUAACUUUUAUCCUCCACGAUCAUUUUUGUAUCUUUCACUUCUGUAUUUAUUCCUUUAUUUUUUUAAUUAUGGUGAUUUUAUUGAAUUAUUUUAAGCAAAUCUCUACACUUACUCACAAGCACGCAGAGGAGGGGUGAUGAUGUGGGUUUGUUUAUCAGCUGAUGAGAAUCUUGCUCAUCAGCUCAUCGGCAGAUUUCUAAAGAACUGCGUUUUAUUUGGUUUUCCUGGAAAUCUUCCAAACCAAAGCCCUUCUGAUUGGUGGUUUAAACUCUGGUAUUUGUUCUGCUUCCUUUUUAGUGUUUUUAUUUCUGUCAGCUUGUUGGUCGAAUGCCUGGAGAAUGUGGUACUAAAAUGAAAAUGACUUCAGUGAUAUAGCAGCAGCCAUUUCUAAAAACAGCUGUGGAAAAACACUAUUUUCAUUUGUUCGUGAACUCACUGUGAUUGUGAUUUAAUUGUGACAAAUUGGACGACAUUACCUUGGAAGUUUGAAAGAGAUAUAACGUAAGACUUUGAAAAUGUUCACAUAUAAAUUGUUUGAGUGUCGUUUACAGAAUCGUUAAUUUAUAUCUACUAAAUAAUACCACAAAUAAAUGAACAAUCGCUAGAUUCAAUGUUUGCAAAACUUUAUCAGAUUUUUUUCUUUCUGACUAAAUAAUGGAAAUUGUUGUAAAACCUUUCCUGCGAUGAUGUGUGCUUGCGCUAUUUGUCAAC